GUAGAGUAAUUAUCAGUACUUCAAUAACAAAUCUUCAUAAAUACUCCUCCAAAUUAAAGUUUUUUUUUUUAAGAGCAAUUAAGACGAAACAAUGGGUGCAGAAUCCAAGUGGGUUUUAUGCACUCUCGUCGUUCUGCUAGCUGCGAGCAGCUUAGCACAAGCUGCAGAACAAGAAGCAAAUAGUAAUGCCGAUGCUAAUAUGAACAUGAAGGCGCGCCGCCUUGGUGGCCUCGGCGGUGGCGGGUCGGGGCACGGAGGAGUUCAGGGCUGGGGCAGCGGUGGCGGCCAUCUCGGGUGGGGCGGCCAUGGUGACGGCGUCGAUCACGGAGCAGGAGAUUGGGGAAGCUGGGGGAGCUUCGGCCACGAUAUUAAUCCCGGUCACGGUGUUGGAUACGGCGGUACAGGGUGGCCUGGGGGCUACGGAUACGAUUAUCCAUAUGGUCCAGGGAGCGGAUAUGGAUCGGGUUGGGGCUACGGAGGUGGUCAGGGAACCGGAUACCUGUGCUACCCGGCUAAUUGUCCAACUUGCCAUGCACAAAGCUUCGUCCUCACAAAAACCGUGAUCCAUCCCGGUGCCGAUCGUUCUGACAACGCUGGCAAAAAUAAUGCCGCCGCCGGAGUUUCGUCCGAAUCUAAUAACAACAAGAACAACAACAAAAAGACAGGGAUUUGGUAGAGCUGCGAUGAAAAACGGGAAGACAAACAAUUAGAAUACUCCACCAUAUGUAUGUGAUAAUGUGGGAAUGGGAAGUAUACAGUAUACACCUUGAUGAUAUAUGGUAUUAUACUACAUUGUAAGUCGAAUGUAACAUGUACUAUAUGUACUACUGUAUAUGGUGAACCUUAAACUUAAACUGCGAAAAAUGCCGGCUAAUCCGUAGGCGGGGGCGAAUUAUAAUAAUUUGUUGUGUCAAGAGUCGUGAGUUUGAUCGGUUGUUGUCGAUUAUUACUAUAUUAAUAAAACAGUGUCUUCUACCUAUAAUUUUAUAAUUUGUUUACAUUUUGGAAUUUGAUUUGCGACUUGGCUAGCUUCUAUAGUGCCCUCCCAAGUUUCUCUUGCGUGGGAUCGCUUUUGGGGCCUAGUUAUAGACAUUUUCCAUCAUGUAAUUAAUUGAAGGACACAAUAUCAAAU